AUGGCUUCCAUGCUCUUGUAUCUUCUAACAAUAUCUUUCUUCUUUCUCUCUCCUUCUCUUGCAGACGCUUCCCCAUCUGACCCUGUCUCACCGGGGACCAUUUGCGACUCCACUCCAUACCCUUCCUAUUGCAAAUCGGUGCUCCCUAAUCGAACCACCAAUGUCUAUGGCUACGGUCGUUUCUCCAUUCGCAAAUCUCUGUCACAGUCUCGAAAUUUCCUCGACUUAGUCAAUGAGUAUCUACAUAAAUACCGGUCCUCAUUAUCAAUAUCCGCCAUUCGUGCUUUAGAGGACUGCUGCUAUCUAGCUAGCUUGAACAUGGAUUUCCUUUCGAGCUCCUUUAAAACCGCCAAUGGCACUAGUGAAACUCUACCCCCCGUGGAAGCUGAGGAUGUACAAACUUUUCUUAGUGCUAUUUUAACUAACCAGCAAACCUGUUUGGACGGCAUACAAUCCACUGCUUCAGCUCGAGGCAUAAGGGAAAACAUCACAGUUCCUAUGUCUAAUGACACAAAGCUUUACAGUGUUUCUCUCGCUCUUUUUACGAAGGGAUGGGUUCCUAAGGAGAAAAAAUCAGCCUCACGGCAUCCUAGUAGUAAGCAGAUAGGUUUCAAACAUAGGCGUUUGCUAAUGAAAUUGUCUAGUCAGACUAUGUCAACAAUUUAUGAGUCUCUAGGCCAAAGAAAGCUUCUUCAAACAAGUGGUUCUGAUAAUGAAGUAUUAAUCAGUAACAUUGUGACAGUGAGCCAAGACGGUAGCGGAAAUUUCACUACCAUCAACGACGCUAUAUCAGCAGCACCAAACAACACGAAUGGUGUAAAUGGUUACUUCUUGAUUUACAUCCCUGCCGGUGUUUAUCAAGAGUACGUUUCCAUUCCUAAGAACAAAAAAUACUUGAUGAUGAUCGGUGACGGAAUCAAUCAGACAAUUAUCACAGGAAGCCGCAGUGUUGUUGACGGAUGGACAACCUUUAACUCUGCAACUUUCGCUGUGGUGGCUUCAAACUUCGUUGCGGUAAAUAUAACUUUCCAAAAUACUGCUGGAGCAAUCAAGCAUCAGGCUGUCGCACUUCGAAGUGGGGCCGAUUUGUCAGCAUUUUAUAGUUGCAGCUUCGAAGGAUACCAAGAUACCUUAUACACUCAUUCCAUGAGGCAAUUCUAUAGAGAAUGUGACAUCUAUGGCACCGUUGAUUUCAUAUUUGGAAACGCUGCCGUUGUUUUGCAGAAUUGCAACAUAUAUUCUCGACAACCAAUGAGCGGCCAAUUCAAUGCUAUCACCGCACAAGGGCGAACCGAUCCGAACCAAAACACUGGCACAUCAAUUCACAACUGCAAUAUCAUGGCUGCUGAUGAUCUGGCCUCGAGCAAUACAAACUUCAAAACAUAUUUGGGGAGACCAUGGAAAGAGUAUUCAAGGACAGUAUACAUGCAAAGUUUCAUGGACAAUUUAAUAGACCCCGCCGGAUGGAGAGAAUGGGAUGGAGAUUUUGCCUUGAGUACAUUGUACUAUGCUGAGUAUGACAAUAAUGGACUUGGAUCAAACACUUCGAAUAGGGUCACAUGGCCUGGUUACCAUGUGAUUAAUGCUACCGAUGCUAUUAACUUUACGGUGUCGUCUUUUUUGUUGGGAGACGAUUGGUUGCCAGAUACAGGAGUUCCUUAUAAUGCAACUUUAAUAUAA